AUUCAUUCCAUUCCCCCCAUUCGACGCCAGCCGCGGCAACCGCCACACGGACGGCCAUCUCAACCGCCACACUAGCUACAAGCGAGCUUUCCAAAUCCCGCGGACGGGACACCAAUGGGGCUGUGCAUGUCGCGCGGCGAGACCACGCCGACGCGGGCGGCCCCGCCGCCCAGCAAGGACACGGCGCUGGUGCUGAUGCCGAGCGGCGAGAUGCGGGAGUACCCGCCGCACACGGCCACGGCCGCGCGGGUGCUGCAGGACGCCUCCGCCUCCGCCUCCGCAGACUGGUUCCUGUGCGACGCGGACAGGGUGGGGUUCGAGGGCCCCGUCCCGGCGCUGGGCGGCGCGGAGGCGCUGCGCGCGGGGCAGAUCUACUUCGUGCUCCCGGCCGCCGCGCGCCGCCGCGGCCUGCGGCGCGAGGACGUCGCGGCGCUCGCCGUCCGGGCCUCCGCCGCGCUCUCCGCUCGCCACUCCUGCGCGCGCGGCAAGCGGAGCAGGCGCUGCGGCGCCGUCGCGCCCCUCGUCUUCGCGCCGCCUCCUCCGCCGGAGGAUGAGGAGGAGGAGCACGGGCGGUGGGAGACAUUCGUCGCGGCGCGCAAGGCUCCUCCGGUGCGCCGGCACUCGCGUCCGACCUCACGGCGAUCCCGGAGUGCGAGAUGGCGAGUGAGUAGCGAGGGCUCAGACUGGCGGGGAUGAUGGAACAGUCACUUGGCCGUGUGUUGCCAAGACUUGGACUCUUCUGGAAGCAGAGGACGCUGGCCAUGUUCAGCGCCAAAAACGAACGAAGGAAACGCGACACCAAUCCGCACCAUGUUUGUACACGCACGCUUUUUUUUU